UGGCCGCUGCCACCAUCACCAUGAAGUUCGUGAUCAUUGCUGCCGUGGCCGCCGUGGCUGUCGCCGCCCCACAGUACCAGCUCCCACAGACCUCCUACGGCGCCCCCGCCGCCUCCAGCAGGUCUGUCUCCAUCGACAGUGUCGAGGUGGUGCCCAUCCUGAGGGACGAUCGUGUCCAAGAACCAGACGGAAGAUACAGUGUUGACGUGGAGACUGGCAACGGAAUUGUCCUGUCCCUGAACGGCUCUCCAGAUGGCUCAGAUGGCGCUGUAAUUAAGGCCGGACAAUACUCCUACACCGCUCCUGACGGCAGUCCCGUCAAUGUGAAGUUCGUCGCCGACGAGAACGGCUACCAGCCCCAGUCUGACCUGCUGCCAGUGGCUCCUGAGUUCCCCCACCCAAUCCCAAAGUUCGUGCUGGACCAGAUCGCUAAGGCUGCUGAAGAGGACGCCGCCGCCGCCAGAGCCGAGGGUGCUAGUGUGAGGGCCUCUGCCUCCGCUCCCUCCAGGACCUACGGCGCCCCUCAGUAACUGCUGAGCACCACCAACCUCCCGCCUUUGAAGAUACUCACAUUUAUUUAUUGUAUACAUGAGUAGUGCGUAUAAUUAUGUAAUGAAUAAACUAUAGUUCCAUGCAUUA